AUGAUUUAAUAACAAAAUAAUAAUUUUAAUAAAUUAGAAGAUUUUCUAAAAUCUAACUUAAGUUAAUAAAAUAAUAUUAGUUUGUCAUUAAGGAAUUAAAAUGUUUCAAUCAAAGAAAUUGCUUUAAUUAACCUCUCUUUAUAAAAAUGCAAGGAAAUUUAAACACUAAAUAUUUCGCUUAUAAACGGCAAUAUCAAUGAUUAAUAGAUCAUUUAAUUAUUCAAUAAUUUGCACGAACUGAACAAUUUAAGUAAUUUAGGCUUAAACUUCAACUAUAAUAAUAUUAGUGAACAGGGCUUAAAUACAAUAGGAUAAUUUUUACAAAAGUCUAACAAUAUUUCAACUCUAAAGCUUUGUUUCACAGAAAACAGCAUUGCAGAAGAUAAUUUUUCUGAAUUAGUCAAAGCUCUUAAGUAGCUAACUAAUAUUUAGCACCUUGAACUUGAGUUUGGAUUAAAUGAGUUAAGUCUCUCAGGAGUUAAAUAACUUGCCGAAGGAUUAAAUAAGUGUUAAAGCUUAAAACAUUUAAAAGUUUGGCUUCACCAAAAUUCAUUAGGAAGUGAUGGAGCUGAAGUAAUAAUUUAAGCAAUAAGUGAAUGCUAAAAUCUUACAAAUUUGGAAUUAAAUUUAUUCUAAAACGAUAUUGGGGAUUAAGCAAUUUCUAGCCUAAAAACAAUUUUGAACAAAUGCACUAAACUUACAGCAGUUGACAUUGUUUUAUCUGAUAAUAAAAUAAGUCAUGUAGGAGCAUCAGCUAUAGGUGAAGGCUUACAAUACUGCUAGAACCUAUAAAGUUUAGAGCUAUACUUACAUGAGAAUAUUAUCUCAGAAAUAGACAAUGAUGAUAGCAGUGAUUAAGUGGCUAUAAAUUUAGGCUUAGGAAUUGGCUACCUCUAAAAUAUGACAAAGCUUAUAUUAUUUCUAUACAAAAAUAAAAUAGGAAACAAAGGAGCUAAAGCUUUAGGUGAAGGUUUAAGCAGAUGUUCAAAUCUAAUUGAUUCAGAUAUCAAUUUGUUCCAUAAUCAUAUUGGAGACGAGGGAGUAACUAGUAUAGGAUAAGGUCUAAGCAAAUGUAGCAAGCUUACAACUUUAAAACUUGUUUUAUCGGAAAAUAAAAUAAGUGACAUAGGUGUUACUGCUGUUGGUUAAGGCUUAAUUUAAUGUUAAAAUCUGACAAAUUUAUAUAUUUUUUUCUAAAAUUAAAAUCUAAGUGAAGGAAUAACUAAAUUAGGAUUCGAAUAUAGCUAGUGCACAAAGCUUAAUGCUCUUACACUUCAUUUUUCGGGAAAUUAAAUAGAUUGUCAAGGAAUAAUGCCAUUAAAAGAAUGGUUUAGAAAUUGUUAAGAUCUCAAAAAAAUAAAUAUAUAUUUAUACGAAAAUUAAAUUAAAGACGAUGGAGCUAUUAUCAUUGGGACAGGAUUGAGCUUUUGUCAUUAACUUACAGAUUUAGAAGUUAUUUUGUGGGAUAAUUAGAUUCAAGAUUUAGGUGUUAAAGCUCUACGCGAAGGAUUAGAAAAAUGUAUAAAUCUCUAAGUUUUAAAGCUAAACUUAAUCUAUAAUGAUUUUAGUAAUGAAGAAGGAUAAAAAAUAGGAGUUACUUUAAGUAAACUGCCAUUUUUAUUUACUUUGAAAAUCGUCUUUUUUCAAGAUGAAAUGUUUUUCAAAUCACUAGAAUUUCUUAAUUGCAAAAAUAUUAAAAUGCUGGUUAUGAAUGCAAGCUUUUGUGCGACUUACAGAUAAAGGGUAAAUCACAAACGACAAUCCUUAAAAAUAAGGAGGCUUGUUAACUUGAACAAUAUCUUAAGUUGA